AUGGCAAAGAAAAAAGCUGACGAAAAAGUGAAUCAAACUGCUCAAAGUGAUAAUGAAGAGCAAAAUUUUGACGAAGAGCCUGAUUUCGAUGAUCCGGAAGGAUAUGUUGAUGAUAUUCCCGACGAAGAAUUGUUGGCGGAUCUUUUAGAGAAAAAACCCAAAGAAUCUGAUGGGUAUGAAAAUGUGAUCGUAGUCGAUGGAUGCCCGCAGGUCGGGCCUGAACGUCUGGAAAAGUUACAGAGCGUUAUAAACAAGAUAUUCGGAAAAUUUGGAAAGAUCGUAAGCGAUUUCUAUCCAACAAACGAGAAUGGAACAACUACGGGCUACAUUUUCCUUGAGUAUGAUAACCCACAAAAUGCUGCCGAGGCUGUGAAAGCCACUAAUAAUUGUAAAUUAGAUAAACAGCACACAUUUUUAGUGAAUCUUUUCACCGAUUUUAAGAAAUAUUCUGAAAUUCCCAAAGAAUGGGAACCACCAGCACCUCAACCGUUUAAGGUGCAGUCUGAUCUACAAUGGUAUCUUAUGGAUCCUGAUGCAUAUGACCAAUUUUUGGUUGGUAUUGGUACGGGGGUUGCCCUUCAAGUUUGGCAGAAUGCUUUGCCAGAGCCUGUGUUGUUACAGGAGAGGCCGAACUGGACUGAAACUUAUGCUGUUUGGUCACCUCUCGGUACAUACUUGGCAACCUUUCACUGGAGGGGUGUGGCAUUAUGGGCUGGUCCUAAAUUCUCCCAAUUUCAAAAGUUUUACCACCCAGAGGCGAGGUUUAUCUCCUUCUCUCCAUGUGAGAAUUACAUUGUCACUUUCUCACCUAGCAGUGAUAGAGGUGAUGACAAGAAGCUCAUAAUCUGGGAUAUCAGGACUGGCCAAGAAAAACGUAGUUUCCCUCCACCUGAUGAGUAUGUUACUUGGCCAAUAUUCCGAUGGAGCAAAGAUGACAAGUUCUUCGCUCGGCUUGGUGCUGAUGUAUUAUCUGUGUAUGAAACCCCUGGUUUUGGUCUUCUUGAUAAAAAAUCCAUAAAGAUUCCUGGUAUAAGGGAUUUCAGUUGGUCGCCAACAGACAAUGUUCUGGCCUAUUGGGUGGCUGAAGACAAAGAUGUACCGGCUAGAGUCACAUUAUUAGAGUUACCAAACCGUACUGAAAUUCGUUCAAAGAACUUGUUCUCUGUUGCUGACUGCAAGAUUCACUGGCAGAAGAGUGGUGACUACCUUUGUGUAAAAGUUGACCGUUAUUCUAAAGUAAAGAAGGAUAAAAAUGAUAUUAAAUACUCUGGAAUGUAUUAUAACUUUGAGAUAUUCCAUAUGCGUGAGAAAGAGAUACCUGUUGACUCUGUAGAGAUUAAAGAACCUAUCCAGGCAUUUGCUUGGGAACCAGUUGGAUCCAAAUUUGCUAUCAUCCAUGGCGACCCAGCCAAUAUUUGCAUAAGUUUCUACCAAGUCAACACUGGUCAGGCGCCGACCUUAUUGAAGAAGUUUGAAAAUAAACCGUUCAAUCACCUCUUCUGGUCACCAUUAGGACAGUUCAUAGUGUUGGCUAACUUUGGGCUCACUGGUGGGGCAUUAGAGUUCUUAGACACCAACGACUUCACUAUUAUGAAUGUUUCUGACCAUUAUCAGAUGUCUGGUAUUGAGUGGGAUCCAACGGGUCGAUAUGUAGUGACGGGCGUGUCGUCGCUCAAAUGCAAGAUGGAUUGUGGAUACUACAUACGAUCCUUCCAGGGCAAGGUUCUCAAAAGAGUGAUGAAAGAAGGAUUUGCUCAAUUCCACUGGCGACCUCGCCCACCCACUCUGCUCUCGGAGAAACAGCAAAAAGAAAUAAAGAAGAACCUUAAGAAGUAUUAUUCACAAUUCGAAUCUAAAGACCGCAUGCGCAGCAACAAGGCCAGCAAGGAAUUGGUUGCCAAACGCACUGAGCAGAUGAAGAAAUAUGUGGAGUAUAGGGAGGCGAAGAAACAAGAAUGGACCGAGCAGAAACCGCGCCGAUUGGAGCUUCGAAAUUACGUUGAUACGGACGGUCUCGACACGGACCAAGCGAAUACAGUGGAGGAAAUCGUUGAAUUCUUUGUGAAAGAGGAACAGACCGUUAUCGAGUAG